AUGGACCUUCCUUCAGACUGUGUGUAGUGUAUGGACCUUCCUUCAGACUGUGUGUAGUAUAUGGACCUUCCUUCAGGCUGUGUGUAGUGUAUUGUGUAGUAUAUGGACCUUCCUUCAGACUGUGUGUAGUGUAUGGACCUUCCUUCAGACUGUGUGUAGUGUAUGGACCUUCCUUCAGGCUGUGUGUAGUGUAUGGACCUUCCUUCAGGCUGUGUGUAGUGUAUGGACCUUCCUUCAGACUGUGUGUAGUGUAUGGACCUUCCUUCAGACUGUGUGUAGUGUAUGGACCUUCCUUCAGGCUGUGUGUAGUGUAUGGACCUUCCUUCAGGCUGUGUGUAGUGUAUGGACCUUCCUUCAGGCUGUGUGUAGUGUAUGGACCUUCCUUCAGGCUGUGUUUUGUGUUUUCUAGGAUCCAGUCAAGCCAGUGCCGGCUAGAAGUACGGUGAAGAGCAGCAAGGAAGGCGGAGGGAGUUCGGAAGAGGUACAGCCAGGAAUGAACAAACGGCCCAGCCCCAGCGCUCCUCCUCCGACCCAGCUCAACAAGAUCCAAUAUGGCGGUGGUGGGCAGGUGGUGAAGAGGGAACGCAGACAGAGUUCUUCCAGAUUCAGCCUGAGCAGGAAUAGGGAGCUCCAUAAACUGCCCCCCCUGAAAGAGUGUCCCCCCGGAGAGGAGCAGGAAGUCCUGUUUGUGGAGAAGAUUCGGCAGUGCUGCGUUCUCUUUGAUUUUGUUUCGGAUCCGCUGAGUGAUUUGAAGUACAAGGAGGUGAAGCGGGCGGCUCUAACGGAGAUGGUGGAGUUCAUCACACACGGGCGCGAUGUGCUGACGGACGCCAUUUAUCCAGAGGCGGUACUCAUGUUCUCGGUGAACCUGUUCCGGCCUCUUCCUCCCUCCUCCAAUCCCAGUGGAGCCGAGUUCGAUCCCGAGGAGGACGAGCCCACCUUGGAGGCGGCCUGGCCGCACUUACAGCUGGUUUAUGAGUUCUUCCUCCGAUUUCUGGAAUCUCCGGAUUUCCAACCCAACAUGGCGAAGAAAUACAUUGACCAGAAAUUUGUCAUGUCGCUCCUGGAUCUCUUUGAUAGUGAAGAUCCCCGGGAACGGGAUUUCCUGAAGACGAUUUUGCACCGGAUCUAUGGGAAGUUUCUGGGGCUCCGGGCGUACAUCAGACGACACAUCAACAACAUCUUCUACAGGUUUAUAUAUGAGACUGAACAUCACAAUGGAAUUGCUGAACUGCUGGAAAUACUUGGCAGUAUCAUUAAUGGAUUUGCCCUCCCACUGAAAGAGGAGCACAAGAUGUUUCUGAUCCGCGUCCUUCUUCCCCUGCACAAGGCCAAAUCGCUCAGCGUCUAUCACCCCCAGGUAACCUACCACCCUUCUUCUGUAAGGGGGGUGAUCAGCGGCCUCCUGCGUUUCUGGCCGCGCACGCACAGCCCCAAGGAGGUGAUGUUCCUCAAUGAGUUGGAGGAGAUCCUGGAUGUCAUUGAACCCUCCGAGUUCAGUAAAGUCAUGGAGCCGCUCUUCCGGCAGAUCGCCCAGUGUGUGUCCAGCCCCCACUUCCAGGUGGCGGAGCGGGCGCUCUACUACUGGAACAACGAAUACAUCCUCAGCCUGAUGAGUGACAACGCCGCCCAGAUCCUCCCCAUCAUGUUCCCAUCGCUUUACCGCAACUCCAAGAACCACUGGAACAAGACUAUACAUGGACUGAUCUAUAACGCUUUGAAGUUGUUCAUGGAGAUGAAUCAGAAGUUGUUUGAUGAUUGCACACAGCAAUACAAAGCCGAGAAGCAGAGGGUGAAGAUGCGCGGUAGGGAACGUGCAGAGAUGUGGAAUCGCAUUGAGGAAAUGGCACGAUUGAACCCGCAGUACUCCAUGUUUUAUUCUCCUCCCGCACUCAGUCUGCUCUGCUCCAUGGAGACAGACACUCCGACCACUGAGGACAUUCAGAUCCUGAAGAAGACAAUGGAGACUGAGGCUGCUCAGGUUUUGCACAACUCCCCGCAGGAGCAGAAGAUUCUGUUGAAGAGAUCAGAUCUUCCUCAAGAUAUCUACACCAUCCGAGCGCUGGAGUCUCAUCGGAGGGCAGAAGAAUAUCUGAGCAGCAGCCAGGAGGCGCUCUGACCUCACAACAAUGGCCAUCCUCCCGCCUCUGUGGUGGAGGCCGGUGUGUCCUCCUUUCUUCCUGGAGGCUCCACAUAUAGUAGAUGAGGACCUCUUUAUUGUAGAUAUGAACUACCAUCCAUCAUAUGCAACCUAACAGAGUUUUACCAGCUGACAGAGACUGCCUGCUUUUCAAGCAUACAAGAUUGACUGACCCUUUGUGGUCAGCCAGUAUUCCAAAGGAACAUUUCCCCGUAUCACAGAGUCCCUGAGAUUUCCCCCCCCCCCCCCCCAAAGCCAUAUUAAAUUUGUCUUCCCCCCCAUCACAGACCCCCGGAAGUGUCAUUCCCCCUCCCCCAACACAAUGCCUAAUCUCUCUUUGCUCAUCACAGAGCCCAUGGGAAGACGUCUCCUCCUCAUCACAGAGCCCAUGGGAAGACGUCUCCUCCUCCUCAUCACAGAGCCCAUGGGAAGACGUCUCCUCCUCAUCACAGAUCCCAUGGGAAGACGUCUCCUCCUCAUCACAGAGCCCAUGGGAAGACGUCUCCUCCUGCUCAUCACAGAUCCCAUGGGAAGACCUCCUCCUCCUCAUCACAGAUCCCAUGGGAAGACGUCUCCUCUCCUCCUCAUCACAGAUCCCAUGGGAAAACUUCUCCUCCUCAUCACAGAUCCCAUGGGAAGACGUCUCCUCCUCCUCAUCACAGAGCCCAUGGGAAGACGUCUCCUCCUUCUCAUCACAGAGCCCAUGGGAAGACUUCUCAUCACAGAUCCCAUGGGAAGACGUCUCCUCCUCAUCACAGAGCCCAUGGGAAGACGUCUCCUCCUCAUCACAGAGCCCAUGGGAAGACUUCUCUCCUCCUCAUCACAGAGCCCAUGGGAAGACGUCUCCUCCUCCUCAUCACAGAGCCCAUGGGAAGAUGUCUCCUCCUCAUCACAGAGUCCAUGGGAAGACUUCUCCUCCUCAUCAUCACAGAUCCCAUGGGAAGACGUCUCCUCCUCCUCAUCACAGAGCCCAUGGGAAGACUUCUCCUCUCCUCCUCAUCACAGAGCCCAUGGGAAGACGUCUCCUCUCCUCAUCACAGAGCCCAUGGGAAGACGUCUCCUCCUUCUCAUCACAGAGCCCAUGGGAAGACGUCUCCUCCUCCUCAUCACAGAUCCCAUGGGAAGACGUCUCCUCCUCAUCACAGAGCCCAUGGGAAGACUUCUCCUCUCCUCCUCAUCACAGAGCCCAUGGGAAGACGUCUCCUCAUCACAGAUUCCAUGGGAAGACGUCUCCUCCUCAUCACAGAGCCCAUGGGAAGACGUCUCCUCCUCCUCAUCACAGAGCCCAUGGGAAGACG